ACAAACCGGUACUGAAUUAAAAUAUUCUCCUCAAAUUGCAGUACCGUCCCUGGCAACGCAAGCUAGGGUUUUAGUCGAGCAUUUGGGAAAUUGUAGGCGGAGCGAGACAGCGCGGUCCAACUGCGAAGUAGCAAUGGCGUCGACGAAGGUCCAGCGGAUCAUGACACAACCCAUCAAUCUAAUUUUCAGGUUCCUACAAAGCAAAGCUCGCAUUCAGAUAUGGCUCUUUGAGCAGAAGGAUUUGAGGAUUGAAGGACGCAUUAUUGGCUUUGAUGAAUACAUGAAUCUUGUUCUUGAGGAAGCUGAAGAAUUUAAUGUCAAGAAGAACACCAGAAAGUCAUUGGGGAGGAUUCUGUUAAAAGGAGACAACAUUACCUUGAUGAUGAAUACGGGUAAAUGAUUAGUUGACACCAGUUGGAUUGUUUAACCUGAUGCAGUUUUACUAGCUGUCCCUGAGGAAACCAUCGAAUGUUCAAUACUGUGUUGGCAAUGAGUCUGUAAUUUUACUGAUUGUUCAAGAUUAUGGAAACUAUCUUUAUAAUUCUUAGAUGUCCUAACUUGUUCACUUGAAAUAUGUCAGAAGCUACAUUUAGUGACUUUGCUAUUUUUCUUUGUUAUCUAAUGUGCAAGAUUAUGAGAAGUUUCUGAAUA